CUUUAACAUGUCAGCAAAACAACAUCGAGGGGGAGGGAACUUUCGGAGAGCAGUCAUAUUUUGAAGAAACAUCACAAUAUUUUCAUCUAAUGGUGUGCAGUAACAGUUCAGCCGAAAGCUGCCUGGUAUGCUCCCAGCAUUACAGUAGAUGUCCACCCCUUUAGACACAUCAGGUGAUAUGUCCCAUCCUGGCCCUUCUCCGGGGGCAGGUCUGUCCCCAGGGCCUAUCCUGGGCCCCAGCCCUGGACCUGACCCCUCCCCAGGCUCUGUUCACAGUAUGAUGGGACCCAGCCCUGGGCCUGGAACACCCAAUGCACCGCAUGGCAUGCAGGGACAAAGUGAAUACUCUCAGGACGGCAUGUAUCCUAUGCACAAGUCUAUGGAGGGGAUGAAUGAAAAGACCAUGGCAGAUGCGAUGCACUUUGGUCACAUGAAAGGUGUCGGGAUGAGAUCUCUGCAUAGCGGCAUGGGGCCCCCACAGAGUCCGAUGGACCAGCACAGCCAAGGAUACAUAUCCCCACAUCCGUCCCCAAUGGGGGUCCAUGAGCAUGCUUCUAGUCCCAUGUCAGGAGGUGGAGGUGGUGGGGGACCCAAACCCCCACCUCCCUCCCAGUCCGGCCCUAUGAUGCCCACGGACCCUCAGUCAGCCGGGCCCAACAUGUCCAACAUGAGCCCUCAGGGCCGCGGACCCUCUGCCUUCAGUCCGGUGCAGCUGCAGCAGCUCAGAGCGCAGAUCCUGGCCUACAAGAUCCUGGGCCGAGGCCAACCCCUGCCAGAAAAUCUCCAACUAGCUGUUCAGGGCAAGAGAACUCUACCCACAAUGCAACAGCAGCAGCAACAACAGCAGCUUCAGCAGCAGCAGCAGGCACCUAGUGCUAGUCCUUACAACAGGCCUCCAGGUAUGCCAAUGGCACCUUUGGGUGGGCUGCAGUCAAGCCCCUGCCCCACCCCAACCAUGCAAGGACACAAUCAAAGCACAGGACCCAAGCCUUGGCCUGAGGGUCAGGGUGUUGAAAAUCAAGCCAACGCCCAGAAGCACCUCACUCCUAUUCCCAGUGGACGCCCGUCCCCUGCACCCCCCCAGGCCUCUGCUGUGCCAGCCGGGCCCAUGCCAGGCAGUUCACUGACCCCCCAGCCUCCAGGUCAGCAGGUGUCCCCCAUGGUCCAGAUGCAGAAACAGAACCGCAUCACGCCCAUCCAGAAGCCCCAGGGCCUGGACCCAGUGGGGAUCCUGCAAGAGAGAGAGUACAGGUUGCAGGCUCGGAUUGCUCAUCGAAUCCAGGAGCUGGAAAGUUUGCCCGGCUCUCUCGCCCCCGACCUGAGGAAUAAAGCCACAGUGGAGCUCAAGGCCCUGCGUCUGCUCAACUUCCAGCGGCAGCUGAGACAGGACGUGGUGGCGUGCAUGAGGCGAGACACCACCCUGGAGACGGCCCUCAACUCAAAGGCUUACAGACGCAGCAAGAGGCAGACGCUGAGGGAGGCGCGCAUGACGGAGAAGCUGGAGAAGCAGCAGAAGCUGGAGCAGGAGAAGAAGCGCAGACAGAAACACCAGGAAUAUCUCAACAGCAUCCUUCAGCAUGCAAAGGACUUCAAAGAGUAUCACCGCUCGAUUUCUGGAAAAAUGCAGAAGGUCACCAGAUCCAUCGCCACCUGGCACACCAACACAGAGAGGGAGCAGAAGAAGGAGACUGAGAGAAUUGAGAAGGAGAGGAUGAGGAGGCUCAUGGCAGAAGAUGAGGAAGGCUACCGAAAGCUAAUCGACCAAAAGAAAGACAAGCGUCUGGCCUACUUGCUGCAGCAGACGGAUGAAUACGUGGCUAACCUCACCACCCUGGUGUACGAACACAAAGCUGCCCAGGCUGCCAAGGACAAGAAAAAGAAGAAGAAGAAAAAGAAGGUGAAUGGAGACGGUGAGGGCACCAGCGCUAUUGGACCUGAUGGAGAGCCUAUGGACGAGAGCAGCCAGACGAGUGAGCUGCCGGUCAAAGUGAUUCAGACGGAGACCGGGAAAGUUUUGCAGGGAACGGAUGCUCCCAAAUCCGGCCAGCUGGAGGCCUGGCUCGAGAUGAACCCUGGGUAUGAGGUGGCGCCGCGGUCGGACAGUGAGGAGAGCAGCUCAGAGUUUGAGGAGGAGGAUGAAGAGGAGGGGGCCAAAGCUGAAAGAAAAGAAGAAAUUGAAGAAAGGAAGAUAAUCGAUCCCAGUGGAAUUGAGGAGUUUGUCGCUGAUACCACGGAUAUUAUUCUGUCGGCCAUUCAGGUGGACGAUGAGUACAGUGUUCCUACCGGACAAACCAGCACCGCGUCUUACUACGGUGCCGCCCAUGCUGUCAUUGAGAGGGUGGAGAAGCAGUCAACGCUGCUGAUCAACGGCACACUCAAACAUUACCAGGUCCAGGGGCUGGAGUGGAUGGUGUCUCUGUACAACAACAAUCUAAACGGCAUCCUGGCUGAUGAAAUGGGCCUCGGCAAAACAAUCCAAACCAUUGGCCUUAUCACCUACCUGAUGGAGCACAAGAGGAUCAACGGGCCCUUCCUCAUCAUCGUUCCUCUCUCGACUUUGUCUAACUGGGUGUAUGAACUUGACAAGUGGUCCCCCUCUGUGGUUAAGGUUGCUUACAAGGGGACCCCUGUGUUGCGCCGUGGGCUUGUGCCUCAACUUCGCAGUGGGAAGUUCAACGUCUUGCUGACCACUUAUGAAUACAUCAUCAAGGACAAGAACAUACUGGCCAAGAUUCGUUGGAAGUACAUGAUUGUGGACGAGGGUCACCGGAUGAAGAACCACCACUGUAAGCUGACCCAGGUGUUGAACACUCACUAUGUGGCCCCGCGCCGCCUCCUCCUCACCGGCACCCCCCUGCAGAACAAGCUGCCCGAGCUGUGGGCCCUGCUCAACUUCCUGCUGCCCACCAUCUUCAAGAGCUGCAAUACCUUCGAGCAGUGGUUCAACGCCCCAUUCGCCAUGACAGGAGAGAGGGUCGACCUAAAUGAGGAGGAGACCAUCCUGAUUAUCCGGCGUUUGCACAAGGUGCUCCGCCCCUUCCUGCUUCGCAGACUGAAGAAAGAGGUGGAGUCCCAGCUGCCAGAGAAGGUGGAGUAUGUCGUCAAAUGUGACAUGUCUGCCAUACAGAAGGUUUUGUACCGCCACAUGCAGAGAGGCAUCCUCCUCACUGACGGCUCAGAGAAAGACAAGAAGGGCAAAGGAGGAUCAAAGACCCUGAUGAACACCAUCAUGCAGCUGAAGAAAAUCUGCAACCAUCCCUACAUCUUCCAGCACAUUGAGGAGUCUUUUUCUGAGCACUUGGGCUUUCCAAAUGGCGUCAUCAGUGGGCUGGAACUGUAUCGAGCUUCGGGGAAGUUUGAGCUCCUCGAUCGCAUCCUGCCCAAACUGCUUGCCACCAAUCACAGAGUGCUGCUGUUCUGCCAAAUGACCACUCUCAUGACCAUCAUGGAGGACUACUUCAGCUACCGCAACUUCCAGUAUUUACGUCUCGACGGAAGCACCAAGGCUGACGACCGCGCAAUGCUGCUGAAGAAAUUUAAUGAGCAAGGAUCUCAGUACUUCAUCUUCUUGCUCAGCACCAGAGCCGGGGGCCUCGGCCUCAACCUGCAGGCCGCCGACACCGUGGUCAUCUUCGACAGCGACUGGAAUCCACACCAGGACCUGCAGGCUCAGGACCGGGCUCACCGCAUCGGCCAGCAGAACGAGGUGCGCGUGCUUCGUCUCUGCACCGUCAACAGUGUGGAGGAGAAAAUCCUGGCAGCUGCCAAAUACAAACUCAACGUGGAUCAGAAGGUCAUCCAGGCGGGCAUGUUCGACCAGAAGUCCUCAGGCAACGAGCGCCAAGCUUUCCUCCAGGCCAUUUUACUGACUGAGGAGCAGAAUGAGGAAGAAGAUGAGAUACCCGAUGAUGAAACUCUUAACCAGAUGAUAGCCCGCAAUGAAGACGAAUUUGAGCUCUUCAUGCGCAUUGACAUGGACCGACGGCGGGAGGACGCCAGGAACCCAAAGCGCAAGCCUCGCCUCAUGGAGGAGGACGAGUUGCCUUCUUGGAUCAUCAGAGACGAAGCUGAGGUGGACCGCCUCACGUACGAAGAGGAGGAGGAGAAGAUGUUCGGCCGGGGGUCUCGCUGCCGUCGGGACGUGGACUACAGCGACACGCUCACUGAAAAACAGUGGCUGCGGGCUGUUGAGGAUGGAAACCUGGAAGAGAUGGAGGAGGAGAUCCGCCUGAAGAAGCGCAAACGCAAGAGACGCCAGGACAAGGACUCGUCGAGCAGGGAUGAAGGGGGCUCCAAGGCCAAGAAGAAACGUGGACGUCCGCCAGCUGAUAAACACUCCCCCAACCACCCCAAAGUCACCAAGCAAAUGAACACCAUCAUCGAUACGGUCAUCAACUACAGGGAUGGGGCAGGGAGACAACUGAGCGAGGUCUUCGUCCAGUUACCUUCCAGGAAAGAGCUCCCGGAAUAUUACGAGCUGAUCAGAAAACCUGUGGACUUCAAAAAGAUCAAGGAUCGUGUGAGGAACCAUAAAUACAAAGGAGUGGGAGACCUGGAGAGGGAUGUGAUGCUGCUUUGUCACAACGCCCAAACCUUCAACCUGGAGGGAUCCCAGAUAUACGAGGACUCCAUUGUCCUUCAAUCUGUGUUCAAGAGUGCAAGACAGAAGAUUGCCAAGGAUGAAGAGAGUGAAGAUGACAGCGAUGAAGAUGAUGAUGACGAGGACGAGGACGAGUCAGAGACUGAGGCUAAGUCUGUGCGGGUCAAGAUCAAGCGGAAGAAGGAGGCGCGCAGCCACGACAAAGGCAAGAAGAAGCAGAGCCGAGGGAAGGCCAAGCCUGUGGUCAGCGAUGACGACAGCGACGAAGACCCGGAUGACAAUGACCAGUCAGACAAGAGUGACGAUGACUGAGGACAAGAGGAUAUUAAUUAUGACACUUAUAAACACAGAGGACAUAUCUUCCGUCGUCAUUGUUCAGGUUCAUAUUCUGUACUUUUUUUUUUUUUACUUCAUUUGUCCUCUUUGUAAGUUUGUAGUGUGUUUUGUCGUACCUUCUCCUACCGGCUUUGAAAUGUAUUACAUGUAUUCGAUAAGCUACAGCAAUACCAAUCUGCUUAUAUUCCUGUUUUUAAGACAAUUUUUUAGUAUAUUUUUUAACUCUGCUUCAAAAGCCGAUUUAAAUUCUGUAUGAAAAAAAAGGAAGAAAAAAAAAAGAUUUGGUCAAGCUAUAUUCUUUUGCUUGCUUGCACUUUUAGAACAUGAAAUAUUGAAAUUAAAAUAACAGAUCGAAAUUAGAAAAAGUGUGUUAUAAACUAAAUAUAUAUGGAAAGCCAAGGACAUCCUAUCUAAUUUGGAUAUCCACCGGUGGUAAAAACAAAGGCAAUCAAUCAAGUUUUUUAACUUUGGAAUAAUUGUUUCACCUUGUGCAGUGCCAAAAUGUCAGAGAAAUUGGUAGUUCGUUGAACCCCUCCCCAUAACCAGCGAUUGAUCAAUCAUAGCUUAGCAACCGGACUUUUAUGUCAAGCUUUAUAUUUCUCCGCCUUUGAAGCUCGGUACGAGAGACACUCGGUACGAGAGACACUCGGUACGAGAGACACUACUGUUAGUCUAAAGUGGGGUGUCUUUCCAAAACCAGAAAUAAAAGAGCAAAAUAGAAGAAACAGCAUGUUGUCAGCGGCAAAUGUUUGACUGUCCAGCUUAGAAAUACUACACAAAUAAAAUAAUAUUACAAUUAGUUUAAUCUUUAUUAUUAAUAAAAGAACACAUACUGUAGUUUACUUUCAAGGCCAGGAAGAGCUUAACUUCUAGGCAUGUCUUUAGGCAUGAUGUCGCAUUUGUACUUGCACAUUUUGAGAAUGUAAACUAUUUUCUAAGUUUUUCUUUUGAAAUAUAUUUCAAACAAGUUAGCUGAAAAAAAGGUGGCUAUUUUUCUUAGCUAGCUGCCAACAUUUGUUAGCAUCAGCUGCCAUUUCAGAUUGAUUGAUGGCAGCUAGCUUAAAAUGAGAAGCGGCUUUUUGCCUGAAAUAAAAAUAGCACAACAUUUCGAAAGUAAGUCGACCUGCGAAAAAGGCGCAAAAUGUAAAGCUUGACAGUCAUAGCAACAUGAACUACGAGAGACGGGGCUUAACGAACACUCAACAAGGAUAUUUUUAGUGUAAACUGUUUCCUGACGCUAUAUUAACCUAUAUCUUACAGCCAGCACAGCUAUAUGUCAGUUGUUGCUCGUUGACCUACAUAUAAUCUUGAAGUGACCAUAAAUGCUGAAUGCUUUUUUUUAAAUUGCUUUUAUUAAGAUAAAUGUAACUUUACAUUUUGUAGGCGGCACAUUGUUUAGAGAAGAAGUUGUUUCAUGUAUCCUUUCCUCUUAUGAUUUCAAGUUGUGGUGUUUAAGAGCAGAAACUUUGAAAUUGUUGUGAACGUUUUUUUCAGUCAGAAAGGAGCUAUUGUAUGAAACCGGUAUUUAUCGUAGCUAAAUAUAGCUUUAUAAAGUGUCUAAAAACAUUUAGCUCCUGUUGCAAACAGUUUGUAAAGAACCGAGAUUUAGCUGGAUUCUUACAGACUAUAAAAGCUGGUUAACAAAGGAAAAUAUUACAAGGAAAACAGUAUUAUUGGAUUGAAACAUUUUAUUUGGAUGCCAUUGAAUAUAACAGUUUAUUUCAACAAUGUAUUGAUUUCUUUUGAAUAAGGUCAUUUGUGUUCCUGUAUUAGUUAGAGCCCUCAUUUAGUCCAGUUUAUAUGUUGUUUGUAGCAUGAUCUCUUUUGGCAAUAUACUGUAUUCACGCAGAUAUAUUUUUUGUUUGUUUGUGUAACAUGUGCUUGCCGACUCUUCAUAAGUGUGACUUAAUCUUUGCUUUCUUUGCACAGUGUCUUUGUGGUUGUAUGUCAUAGCCCAGGGCAAAUAAAAUCUCAUCGAUUUUCAGCACAAAA